GGGCGUAUGUGUAGUCACUAUCAAUGGGGGAGGCCCCAGGUUUCUCUGUAUGGAAAGUGAUUCAGUCAAGAAUCCAUUUCCAUGUUCUUCAACAACAAGAUCAAGAUGAAGAUGAAGAAAAUGAAGAUGAUGAUGACGAUGAUGUUGCAGCAGCAGCUCUGCGUCGUCAGUCCUCCUCCUCCUCCUCUAUUUCUUUAAACCCCCCAUUCCUUCACAAUCCUUAUCUUUCUUCUUCUUCUUCUUCUUCUGCUGCUGCUCGUUAGGUACGCCUUCUCUCUCCCUUCCUUCCUUCCUUCCUUCAAUUGAUCAUACAUCUUCAGACUCCUCCACGCACCAUUGUUGUACUGCUUCAUUCAUCAUCUAUUUUUGUUGUUUCUCUUCCUCAACUUAUUAUUAACCUAUCUAUAGCUGAACCAAGCAACCGCGUCUUGAUUCGUCCACCGACUUCUCAUUUACAUGGCCUCCGUUCCCAAUAAUAAUAAUAAUAAUCCAUCCGAGUCUUCUUCCUCGUCGUCUGCUCCUCCGAGUCCUAAAUCGCCGCCUCCGUAUCCUGAUUUGUAUGGAAAGCGUCGACAACUGGCUAAAGUUCAGUUCCUCGAGAGAGAGAUUUGUAUCCUCGAGGAAGAGCUGAAAACACUUGAAAGUAUGCAACUUGCCUCCAAAUGCUGCAAGGAGCUUAAUGACUUCCUUGAAGGAAAGAUGGAUCCUCUUUUAGCAAUCAAUCACAAGGCUUCUGGAUCAUCGCACUUUUGGAAAUGCUUACGGGUGAAGUUUGGAUGCAAAUGGAUUUGCUGCUUUAGUGGAGGUUGUUGUUGUUAUCCAAGAGUCCCAUCAUCCAAAUGUUGUUCAUCGAAGAAGGCUUGCAAGUGUCUGCCGAAUUCUUGGUUAUGCGGCGGCGGUGGUGGUUGUUGUUGCAGAGGAGGAUUACAAAUACGAGCGAAAAUAAGUAAGUUGAUUAAAUGUUGUUGGUCCAAGAAAAGUAGAGGUUUAUGUUGUUGUUGUUACAAUUGUUCUUGUUGUUGUCUUUGUUAGUAACUAAUAACACUACUUUGUGAUGAAAACAAUAAUCUUGUGAACACAUUAUUAUCAAUCAAAUUCAUAAUGUUUUUAGUUUUA